CUGUGUCCCUAUUCACAACCACGCUAGGUGGCUUUCCCGUAGGUGAUUUGGACAAAUGCAAGCUUGCAAUCCGAACUGCUUACAUGCUCGCGUCGACCCAAAAUGCAAUUGCAGCUAUGGGUUACAUGCGCAAAGCCGACCUUUUCAAGUCGGUGUAUGCCGCUCAAAUCCUCCCUCCCUCGCUGAGGUGCAUUCAUCUAACGUUGCGUCAUCUUCGGGAAGGUCGCUGUCUGCAAAAGAAAAACUUUCACUUCUUGAUAAAGCUAAGGAGCGCCGCCUGGAAGCGCUCAGCCAGGACGGGUUAACUCCGUACAGGAGCGGCGCGCCGGGCAUCGUUGAUGUCCGGCUGUACCAGUCGGCAGUGGAGUCCCAAAAAAGGAUGAGUGCCAAACUAGCGGAGGCAAAUGCGCACGUGAGCUACCUGGAGCGGCGCAUCGAGGAGGCCAACAAGGACCUGCAGGAUGCCGCUGCAUUCUUGAAAAAGGUGUCUAUGGAGUUCGGCACCACCAGCCGCCUGGUGGAGUCCACUGCGGCUGCUGUCAGGUUCGGAGUGGACAAGGAGGACGCGGUGGCCAAGCUGGUAAAGCUGUGCGAGCGACUGGAGACGCUGGAGGCGUCACUGCAGGCCCAGCGCACUGCGUUCGCCAAGCGCGUGCCCAAGCGUGUGCCCGUGGCCUGGGUGGGCGUCGCGUCAGAGGUGCGGUUGAUGGGCGACUUUGACGGCUGGACAAGGGGCUUUGAGCUGUCGGCGGCCAGCAUUGACUCGGACGGUGUGAUCCGCACGUUCGAGGCAGAUCUGCCGCUGCUGCCGGGGCGCUAUAAGGUGAAGUUCCAGGUGGACGGUGGAUGGCGGCUGGCGAGUGACUGGCCCACAGAGAACGAUGAGCUGGGGGAAACGAACAGCAUCUUGGUGGUCCAAUGAAGGGCUUGCUUUCAACAGAGACCCCGGCUUGGGCGUCCAUGCGGUGAUACUAGAAGGCGCACGUUACAGGCACCGACGUGCGCUAUCUGAUAAUUCGGCACGCUUCAAAGCGAUUACCUAACGGUUGACUUAGGUGGGAGCUCAAUAAUGCCCGUGGCCACGUGCGGUAGGAAGGUACCGCAUAGGAUUAUGUUUCACGGCAGCCAAGUUGUCAAUUGGAGAUACUGCUUACAUCCGUUGACGAAGUCGUUGAUGCUAGUGUCAUGAUUAGUGUGGUGCCGAUUUGACAUCCUGGGUGCAAAAGAAUGAGGCAUCAAAUGCGUGUUGGCCUAGGUUUGCUAUGGCCCAAAAUGAAUAACGUUGCAGCUCCUAAAUGCUUUCCAACAGUAAAGAAAGAUGCCUACCUAAAUUCUCGUCCCAUUGUACGGGACUCUGGAACUUUCUUUUCUUCAGCAGCUACGAGUCGCUGCUAUUCACUGAAAGUGCUUU